UUCUUCUAUUUCCGACAUUAUUUAUAUUAUUUAUAUAAGUUACGCUUCUCUGAGCUCUAUCCACUGUUUCACGAAACGACGACGUUGCCUUCAAGCAGCAGCAGCAGCAGCUAUGGCAGCGUCGUUGCAGAAAGUGGCACAUUUGAGCACGAGCAGCGGUGCUGGCGGCACCGUUGUUGAUGGUGUCGCCACCGUUCCUGCCGCGGAGUUCCCGGUUGGUCUUAGGGUUCUUGUGGUAGAUGAUGACGUCACUACCUUGAAGAUUCUCGAGCAAAUGUCCAUUCGGUGCCGUUACAGCGUUACUACAUGCAUUGAUGCUACUGCUGCUUUGAAUAUUCUGCGAGAGAGGAAAGACGGUUUUGAUGUGGUACUGAGUGAUGUUCAUAUGCCGAAAAUGGAUGGUUAUAAACUCCUUGAACAUGUUGGGCUGGAAAUGAAUCUUCCUGUUAUCAUGAUGUCUGCUGAUGGUAGAACAAGUGCUGUCAUGAAAGGAAUUAAGCAUGGGGCUUGUGAUUAUUUGAUUAAGCCUGUACGUGAGGAAGAACUAAAGAAUAUAUGGCAGCAUGUUGUAAGGAAACUUUGCAAAGAAAAUAAAGAACAUGAAAAUUCUGGUGUCAUGGAAGAUAAUAAUGAUAGGAAUAAAUGGGGAAAUGAUGAUGCUGAAUAUACUUCUCCUGUUGUUGAUGCAACAGAAGGAAUAGUUAAAACACAAAGAAAGAGGAGCAGUAUGAAUGAAGAAGAAGAUGCUGAGUUGGAAAAUGAUGAUUCAUCUACAUCUAAGAAGCCCCGUGUGGUGUGGUCGGUAGAACUCCAUCAACAAUUUGUCAGCGCUGUGAAUCAGCUAGGGCUUGACAAGGCUGUGCCAAAGAGAAUACUUGAAUUGAUGAAUGUCCCUGGUUUGACAAGAGAAAAUGUUGCAAGUCAUUUGCAGAAAUUUAGACUUUAUUUGAAGCGAUUAAAUAGUGUGGCACAGCAACAGAAUGGGAUGCUAAACACAUUUCCUGGGACUAUAGAAUCCAAGCUGUGUACUCCUGGAAGAUUUGACAUACAAGCUUGGGCUGCUGCUGGCCAUGUUCCCCCUGAAACACUUGCAGCCCUUCAUGCUGAGCUCUUAGGUCACCCAACAACUAACAUAAUGCCUACAGUGGACCAGACUACUCUACUGCAAGCAUCCAUACAGAGGCCAAAACAUUUGCAUGCUGAACAUGCUGUGGCAUAUGGUCAGUCUCUUGUAAAAGGUCCUUCCAACAUUGCCAAGAAUUUUCCUCAGUCUGUCUCAACUGUAGAUGAUACAUCAUCAAGAUAUGCAGCAUGGCCAUCAUCUAAUACAAUUGAUUCAGUGGGACCCAAUAGUAGUGUUGGAAGGGUGGGUGUUCAGAAUAAUAACAUGCUGAUGGAUAUAUUGCAGCAUCAACAAAGGCAGCAGCACCAGCAGAAACAACACCAACAGCUGCAGCAGCAGUCACUGAUACAAGAUCAAAGUCGAUCGAUCAAUGUUCAACCAUCUUGCUUGGUUGUUCCCUCUCAAUCUUCAAACAAUUUCCAGGUAGGAAAUAGUCAUGCUUCUGUCAACCAGGAUUGCAGUUUUGGAAGGAAUGCCAUUAUUGACUAUAGUCUAUUGUCACCAAAAUCAAAUAAUUCAUUUAGUAUAUCGCAAUUUUCUGUUGGGGACACCAAAGCUAGAGACGUUCUCUGUGGGUAUACUAUGCCUUGCGUUUCUCCUCAAACGUCCUCUUGUUCAAUAGGCUCCGGCAAUAGCAAUAUUCAGCAGCUUCAAAAUUCAACUUUGACAUUUGAUGCUGUGAGACCUUUGCCUGGCCUCCUGCCUGUGUCUGAUAGACAAGUUCCCUAUGAUAUUAAAUCUGGUGAUUCAGUUGAUCAAGCAUGUCUUAGGAAUCUUGGAUUUGUUGGCAAAGGUACCUACAUUCCAAAUAGGUUUCUGGAAAAUGAAAUUGAAUCAUCUGUAAAUGAUUUUAGACAAAUGAAAGUCUCCGGAGAUAGCAAUGGUAACACACAGAAGGAGGAGCCAAAUUUUACAAGUAAUCCAAAAGCGAGCCACCCAGUCUUACAAAGAUAUCCAUCUCGUGAUCAUUGAAGCGUGUUCACUGAAUAGCAGGUUGAAAUAUUUGGUGAGGAGAAGGCGUUUCCUCUUGGAGGUACAGAUUGUUUCCUCUUUCAUUGUUUAGAAAGAGUAGUUGUAGUUCUGCUCUCUUGGGGUCUGCACCCUUCAUAGAUGCAUUCUAGAGCCCAAUGAUGACUCUGGCUAUGUAUGUUGUAAAGGAAUAGUAUUUAUGGAUGUUGGUUUGCUCCUUAGUAGCUGCACAUGUAUCUAGGAAUGUUUUAUCAUCCAUCAACUAGUUUGUAGGGAAAUAAAAUUCCUUCUGAUUUCAACUGUUCGAGAAUUGAUGGCUUCUUGCCAGCAAAAUGUUAUUUAGGGCUUCUUUGUUUAUAAUUUUAAAUGCUUGGUUAUUACCCAUCAAGAGAAACGUCAAGUUGUAUGGUGUCUAAACAUG